CAAAGGGCUCCUCUACCAUUCCACGGCGACACCUACUUAACCCCGCAACCUCUCCUCGUCGCAGAAGAGGCAAGCCAGGCAUCAUGAUUUCCCUUCAGAGACUCCUCGUCUCUGCACUUCUGAUUCUCUCGGUCACGUUUGUCUUCUUUGCCCAGACCGCUGAAGCCAGCAAGGGGCCCAAGAUCACCCACAAGGUCUACUUCGACAUCACCCAUGGCGAUGAGGAGCUCGGCCGUAUCGUGAUCGGUCUUUACGGCAAGACCGUUCCCAAGACCGCUGAGAACUUCCGUGCCCUUGCCACCGGCGAGAAGGGCUUCGGCUACGAGGGCUCCACCUUCCACCGCGUUAUCAGCCAGUUUAUGAUCCAGGGAGGAGAUUUCACCAAGGGUGAUGGCACUGGCGGAAAGUCGAUCUAUGGAGCCAAGUUCCCCGACGAGAACUUCAAGCUCAAGCACACCCGCAAGGGACUUUUGAGCAUGGCCAACAGCGGCAAAGACACCAACGGCUCCCAGUUCUUCAUUACCACCGUCGUCACCAGCUGGCUCGACGGCCGCCACGUCGUCUUCGGCGAGGUCCUCGAGGGCUACGAAGUCGUCGACAAGAUCGAGAACGUUCCCAAGGGAUCUGGCGACAAGCCCGUCAAGACGGUCAAGAUUGCCAAGAGCGGAGAGCUCGAGGUGCCAGCGGAAGAUUUGUACGGCGUCGCAGGCGACGAUGGCACCGAACUCGAUGUCACCCAGAACCAGGCCACCGGCGCUGUUGAUGUCGCAACUACUCCUGCCACCAGCCAAGGCAGCAAGGUUCCCAUUCCUGUCAUUCCCGGAUCUUCGCUUCUGGAUGAGGGUCUGUCUUGGGGUCAAAAGCUCUUCUUCAUUGGCGCUAUUGUCGCCGUUUGCGCUCUUUUUUUACGCUCGCGUGGAGGUGCCAGCACCUCCGGUGGGUAUAAGCAGAAGAGCAUGGCGUAGAUGAGAUAUGACGAAAUGAAAGUGCGCUCCUUUAGCAAUUAUUCGAAACGAACACUACUCUGUGA